AGAGAGAGAGGGAGGGAGGGACCCCUUUGCCCUCCAGAAACCAGGAAGGGAUUUGAGCUGCUCUGCCUGCCUCCUCUCUCACUGCUGGAGCUGCUGCUGUUGUGCAUACGAGUCUCUGAAGAGCCGACAGGGAGAGAGAGAGCGAGAGAGCGGAGGACAGCUCAGAGAUACUGGAGCAGCUCAACAACUACAGGGAGCCAGACGGCGCCGGGCUGGCGGCAGAGGGCCGGACGCAGGGCAGGGGGAGCACGGCGGCGCGGGAGGCUGUGAUCGGAGGAUCGGCGGUGGGCUGGUGGAAGAUGUCUGCGGGGGGCAGCGGCGGGGCCGCGGCGGAGGAGGGCCCGAUCGGAAUCCCGUUCCCAGACCACAGCAGCGAGAUCCUGGGCGGGCUGAACGAGCAGCGGCUCAGCGGGGCGCUGUGUGACCUGCUCCUGGUGGCGCAGGGCUGCGAGUUCCCCGCUCACCGCUCCGUGCUCGCCGCCUGCAGCCCGUACUUCCACAAGCUCUUCACCUCGGGGGCCGCUGCGGACCGGCAGAGCGUCUACGGGAUCGACUUCGUGAGCCCCGGGGCCCUGGCCUCCCUCCUGGACUUCGCCUACACCGCCACCCUCACCCUCAACGCAACCAACGUGGGAGAGGUCCUGAGCGCCGCACGCCUCCUCGAAAUCAGGCCUGUGAGGGAGGUCUGCUGCCACCUGCUGGAGACCAAGGUGCUCAGCACACAGGGCAGCGAUGCGGCUCUGGGGAGAGGGGAGGAGGGGGCGGAGGGGAGCUCCCGGCAGACACACCCCCCCGGGGACUCGGUUGACCAGGGGAACUGGCUCCGGGCUCGGGAAUACCUGGAAUUCUUCCAGAGCUGCGGAUCCCACUGGAGCAGCAGCUGCAGCACGCCGGAGCUGGGAGACCCCGGCCAACGCAACGGAGGAGGAGCAGGAGCCUCCCAGAGCAACGGCAGCACAGCACCCAGCGAGCAGCACUCACCCCUGGGCAUGCCACAGCACCCCUCCCUGGCAGGGGAGGAGGCGGGGGGAGAGGAGGAGGGGGGAGAGGGGGACCGGAAGAGGAGGGGGAGGAGGAAGAGGAAUGAGGGAGGAGACCCCCUAGCCUGGGCUGCAUCGGGGGCUUUCCAACCCUCUCAGAACGGACAUUAUAGCGAGGAAUACCGGGAGAGGGAGAGGGAGAGGGAGAGGGAGAGGGAGAGGGAGAGGGCUGGCCUGUCAGCCAGUGCCUUGCUGCAGCACAUGAUGAACUCGUUCGAGAGGCAGAAGGCAGGGGGAGGGGGAGGGGGAGGGGGAGGGGAGGAGGGAGUCGAGGCGGAGGAGCCAGACGUGGAGUUUUACUUGAAUUACUUUAACAGCUCUCACGAGGGGGAGGGGGAGGGGGAGGGGGAGGGGGCCGUGCUGGGGGGGCCCGGGGCCGGCGUGGAGAAGAAGAUGCGCUCCAAGGCCUUCCAGAAGUGUCCCAUCUGCUCCAAGGUGAUCCAGGGGGCGGGGAAGCUGCCCCGGCACAUCCGCACUCACACCGGAGAGAAGCCCUACGAGUGUACCAUCUGCAACGUGCGCUUCACCAGGCAGGACAAGCUGAAGGUUCACAUGCGGAAGCACACGGGUGAGAAGCCGUACCUGUGCUCUCAGUGCGGCGCUGCUUUCGCUCACAACUACGACCUGAAGAACCACCAGCGCGUGCACACAGGCCUGCGCCCCUACCAGUGCAGCAGCUGCUUCAAGACCUUCGUGCGCUCGGACCACCUGCACCGCCACCUCAAGAAGGACGGCUGCAACGGCGUGCCCUCGCGCCGGGGCCGCAAACCCAGGCUGCAGGAGCCAGCGGGGGCCACAGGGGGGCGCCGGAGACAGGAGCCGGCACCCAGCAGCCAGGACACAGGCCCAGGAGAGGAGCUCCGCUCGGAGACCGUGGGGUAACGUGACGAUUAACAAGAGACACACAAACUGAAAAAAGACUCCUCUUUUUAAAAAAAAAAAAAAAAACUAAAAAAAACUAAACUACAAAAAAAAACCAACCAAAUCAGGGUGUCACAAAAUCUAAUCUGAAGUUUCUUUCUCCAGGAUUUUUUAUUUUGGUUUUUUGGUUGUUAUUAUUGUUAUAGUGAUUUCUGAAUGUUUUAUUUAUAAUGUGUGUUUUUGGCUCCGGUCUGCCGAUGAGGGUUAAGGAACGCUAGAUUGAGACUCGAGGUGUGUUUUGGUAGCGCUCGUGUUUAGGGGUGCGUGUUGUUUUAAACGGGGUGCCGAUUAGCUCUGUGUCGUGAUGUCGGGGUGCCCCUUCUGGGAUUGGGGGGGUCGGGGGGCGCGUCUUUCAGAGGAGACGUUAAACCCGAUACUGUCUGCUCUGCUGGUGGACUGUCAACACCGUGUCCUUUGUCUUUAAAAAUUACAACGGGGGCGGGGGGGAGGGGUUCUGUGUUCUUAAAGCACUACCGCAGCUCUCCACUAGGGGGCACUAACCACUGACCCCCCCCCCCCCACUCCUAACCUCCUUAAAGAUUCCUGUUGGUUACAGUUUUUUUACAGUCUUAAAUGGUUUUUCUGUUUGUUUUGAGUUGGCUGCCUUGGGUACUUGACACUUAGUUAUUAGAAAUAGAUGAUAAAAAGAAAUAUAUAUAGAGAGAGAGAGAGAGAGAGGAUGCCUGAAAGACAAAUAGAUAUAUAUAUUUAGAGCGAGGGAUAUGAAAAGACAAUAAGCACCUUUUUUAUAAAUUUGCACAUCCUAACAUAUAGAAAUAUGUACACAAAUCUAUCUAUCUAUCUAUCUAUCUAUCUAUUGAAGAGAAAGCUAGAGGGAUGCUGUUCUUUGCCCUGAGGACCAUGAUAAUGAAGUACUGUUGAUGAAGAGCGCAAUAAAUGACACUAGAGAGGCCGAGUGACAACUCUACAAUACUCCAGAAACGCUGUGCUGUGCAACACCACUCUCUCUCUCGCUCGGAGAUAAAUACAGAUGCAGUUAAAGCAUGCCACCACCAAGUGGCGCCAUCCGCAUAUAUAAAGCGACGUUAUCUGACACUAUAUAGAUCUUUUUUUUUUUUUUUUAAUUGGGCAGCCUGCAGGCUUGUUUACAUCCAGGUCAGAUGGCAUGACCUUUAACCCCCGCCCUGACUUCCUGUGCUUGCCCGUAGGCAGGAAGCAGGAAGCAGGGGUCCAGUAGGGUAAUCGAUAAUGUUACUCCAAAGAAUUGAAAUUAAACAAGUCUAAUAAACCAGAUGAAAGAGAACAGUCGAGGGAGCUGGGAGUUCAUGCAUGGAAACCAGGGCCCAGUCACAGAGCUUCACAGUUACUUGGAGAAGGUUUGGGUCUGUUUUGAUUAGCAGUCGAGCUUUCUGGAGUGUUGGUUAGGAAGCGUGUUUCUAGCUCUGUGUUUGAUUGAUCAGCACGGUAUGUGAAGCAGUGGCAGCUCUGUGAAUAGCGUGGGCUGAAGGGAGCUGUCAGGGUGACCCCUGAUGCUGGGGCUGGUGUUGAGAACACAGCGGACCACGUGGACAGUGUGUUCAGUUCUUUGCACCUUAUGAAGAAGCACUUUGUUACAGAAACGGCCACGUUAGCUUUUGCAGUUUUUCUUUUCUUCUUUAUUAUUAAUUUCAUUAUUUUCUUUAAAAAAAAAAAAAAAAAGGUAAAAAAAGAAACGGGUACUUUAUCAGAGUCUGGAGACUCUUUAUAGCUUUUGGAUUUCAGUCCUGUCGCUGCGGCCACCAAAAAAAACAAAACAGAAAAAACAAAACAGACACAGGGACACACAAACAGAGACAGAGAGAGAGACAGAGACAGAGAGACACAAACAGAGACAGAGAGAGAGACAGAGACACACAAACAGAGACAGAGAGAGAGACAGAGACACAGAGACACAAAGACACACAAACAGAGACACAGAGACACAAACAGAGACAGAGAGAGACACAGACACACAAAGAGACACAGAGACACACAGAGACACACA